AUGGCAGUGAGAGAGGCAGAGAACAGACUGGACACAGAUGCACCAGCUGGCAGAAGAGAUGACACCUCACUGCAAGGCAUGGCAACUAUCACCUUGACCGCGAGAGAAGCAGGAGAAGAUGUGACAAUGAGAGUGAUACUUUCACAGCUCAUUGAUAUCACCUCUACCUUCAACCUGACUUUCUUGAUGAUCAUGGAGACUGCAGCUGCACUACAAAGACAUUUACUCACUAGAAAAUAUCAGAAUAAGCUCUUUAUUAUUCUUCAAGAAUGA